AUCAACUCAAGAAGAAUUUAUCUUGAAGAACCAAGACCAAGAGCUCAAGAUUUCAAGCCCAAGGGACGCGGAUAAAUAUUAAAUAGUGAAAAUAGUAACGCUACUUCGUGUAGUGUUACAUUUCACUUGGUGUAGCCCCUUGGAGGGUUUGUUUUGAGACUCUUCGUGGUUGGGGACUCUGUGGUGGUGUACCACCAACCUGGACCUCGGCUCUUGGGGUAUGUAGAGGCUGGGAACCAUCUCCCUCUCAAAUUCUUCUUCCUAAGUUUUUUGUACUCCUAACACUAUAGUGGCUGCUGUACCUCCUGCCAGUCAAACCGCCAUAGCGUCGUCAAAUCUCGAUGGAAUUUUAUGAUUCAACUUGCUGCUGAUAGGCGACACCAACGCGCUCCAGAUCCAAUUUACAGAUCACCGUUUGAGGCACACAUCAGAUCGGCAUCAAUAUUUGAAGCUGGCUGACGGAAUUCUGACUGUGCACAUUUUCUCUCAUUUUAGGCACAUCUGAGCCUAUUGUGAUUAUAACAAGUGGUAUCAGAGCCCCUUGGAGCUGUCUCGACCAUGCCUAGACCUGAGGAAGGGGGUGGCAGAGGUGCUGGAGGCAGAGAAGACGCCCAAGCACAAGGUCAACACCAAGAUCCACCCAUGGCUCCCGUGCAACCUAGCCUUGGCCCCUCUAGGGAUGAGCCUAGAGUGUUUGGCCUUGACAAGUUCAACGGUGACAACUUUGCUGAGUGGUCCUUCAAGAUGGAGAACAUCUUUGACCACUAUGAUCUGCUGGAGGUGAUGGAAGGAACGGAGAAGCGCCCCGAGAACGACCCGGAGAAGAGCCCGUGGGUGCGGAAGAGCGCACAAGGCUAUCUUCUACUUGGGCAAGCGUUGGGGAGCAGCCAAAUCCGUCACAUCAAGCCUUUUCAGCGUGAACCAGCAAAGGGACCAAAGGCAUGGGCUGCUCUCAAGGGUGUACACGCUCCUGCAACAGCGGCGGUGGCUGUGGUUUUGGAGCGGCAAAUGGCGGCCCUUCGAAUUGACGAAGGCGAACCGGUGGAGGACGGAGUGCAGAAAUUCUUCGACUUGUUGACACGGCUUGAAGGAGCUGACCUGAACUACAGUGACCUUCAAAAGAAGACCAAGCUGCUGGCCUUGCUUCCGGACUCAUGGUCCUCGCUCAUCAUCAACCUAAAUCGAGAUCUGCCCCGCCUCUCGCUCGAAGAUGUGAAGCGGGAAAUCUUACAAGAAGAUUUCCGUCGUCGUGAAUUGGCGGGUACCGAUGGUGCCGGAGUUGCAAGCAUGGGCCGUGGGCACGGCCGUGGAAGGGGCAGAGGGCGAGGAGGAAGAUUUGGCAGCAGCAACUUCAAUGGAGGCCGUGGUAAUGGAGGAUAUGGCAGCAACAACAACAACAAUGGCUACGGGCGUGGGCGCGGUCGAUUUGAUGGCGAAUGCCACUUUUGCCACAAGACCGGCCACAUGUGGAGAGAUUGCUACAGAUUGCCUGAUGGAUGGACCCCUUCUCAAGGCCAAGAGGGCAGAGGAGCAAGGGGAGGAAGAGGCAGAGGUCGUGGAGGCCGUGGUGGUCGUGGAAGCGAAGCGGCAUGCAUGAAAGGUGGAGACUACGAGACGGGCCCGAGUGAAGAUCGAUACCCAGGCCAAUUCUUCUUUGUCUCCACGCAAGCGGCAGCUGCAGCAGGAGGUGUGGAAGGCUUUGAGGAGCCAGCUACUGUGGGAAAGGUCACCCUUCACUCUCUGGACUUUUGGGUGAUCGAUAGCGGCGCCACCUAUAGCAUGACACCUCGUGCGGACUUGCUCACCGAACUCGAACCGUCGCCGGUCAAGCAUGUCACAUCGGCUUUGGGGCAGCGAGCAGAGGUGAAAGGCAUGGGCAAGGCCAUGUUCAAGGGUGCUGAUGGGAAGAUGGUGGGCCUCAAGAACGUGCUUUGGGUGCCCAACCUUGCAGCCAACCUGAUUUCUGUGCGGCAUUUGCAAAAGGCCGGCAUGGACACAUCUUCCAAGGGAUCCAAAACUUAUACCGCGCGGCUUGGUGAGCGGAAGCUUUGGGACCUUCAUGAGGACAGGGACAUCUACAAUGAAAUGUGGCAAAUCCCAGUGGUCCCCAUGCCUAAGGAGAGGCAAGUGGCAGCAAGCAUCAGCACCAAGAGUGAAGCGGUUGGUGGCGGUGAUCACGGAAAGCAAAGUGACACCAAGAGUGACUCGAACGAGUGCAAUCUUGGAGAGACCAGCAAGGCAUGUGAAUCCAAGGAGAGUGGUGCAGCAGCCAAAGGUGGUGGAAAUGAGGAGGAGAAUCAUAAGAUCAGCAAAACAGCAGCGGCGAAGGAGAAAGGAGAGAGCUUGUGGGGCACAAUUGCGAGUGCCGCUUUCUCCAACCCGACCUCCGCUACGGGAGAGUGUGAUUGGCUGACCUUGCAUCGGCGAAUGGGGCAUGUGGCAUUGCCCAUUUUGCAGCAGAUAGUCAAGCAAGACAUGGUCAGUGGGAUACGUGUCAAGGGGGAGCCCAAUGAGGUGCUUGGCUGUCCAACAUGCAUGCAAGCCAAGUUCACCCGCUACCCGUUCCAUAGCUCGGAGACAACGGCGAAGGCACCACUUGAUGAGGUGGUGAUGGAUGUGGUGGGUCCCUUGAAGCUUGGAGCUGCUGGAGCUGAGUACUUCCUCACCAUUGUGGACGUCUACACUCGCAUGACUUGGGUAUAUGUGCUGCCCAAGAAGAGUGACGUGGCUGAAACGGUGAAGACCGAUUGGUUGCCGAUGGUGGAGCGGCAACAAGACCGACUUGUGAAGGCGAUUCGCACUGACCGUGGGGGAGAGUUCCUGAGCAAGAACUUCUCAACUUGGCUGAAGAAGCAGGGCAUAAGGCACUCUCUUACCAUGCCCUACUCUCCUGCAAUGAACGGCAUUGCCGAGCGUGCGAAUCGGACACUCACGGAGACGGCUCGGGGACUUCUCAUUGAAGCCGGUCUUCCCAAUUACUUUUGGCCGGAUGCGGUGCGGCAUGCUUGUGUGGCCAAGAACAGAGCCUUGACUCACGUGGGAGAAGACAAAUGGGUGCCCUAUGUGGAGUGGAUUGGAAGGAAGCCGAAGGUGGAUAUGCUUCGGGUGUUCGGGUGCAUGUGCAUGGCACUUGUGCCUAAGAAACUUCGGCACAACAAGCUUGAUGCCAAGGCAACAUGGGCCGUGCACUUGGGCAUGGCUCAAAACAGCAAGGGAUGGCUUCUUUGGGACCCAUUUACCAAGAAGUUCCUGGUGAGCAGAGAUUGCAAGUUCAUGGAGAACUUACCGUACAAGGAGUGGAAGGCGGAGAACCAAGCGAAGAUUGGUGUGCGGCUUGGAGAGGUGAAGAGUACCGGCUUGGAGCAUGUGGAGCUGCCCUUGGAGCUGAGUAGCAGCAGCACUAUCACAAGGCAAUCUCCUCAAAUGAAUGGGGGAGAAGAGGAGGAGGAGGUGCAGCAAGGUGAUGAGCGUACACCGUCACUUCCGCCUCGUGCUACAAGUGCUCGCGGGAACCGAGCAGAUUUGCAGCAACGCCAUGAGAGCAUCCAAGUCCCUGCAGUAGAGGAGGAAGGAAGGGGGAGAAGGAGGACUCAGCCCCCCAAUAGGUUGAGCUAUGAACGGCUUGGAGGAGCAGCCAACUCAACCUUGACCGGUUCGGCUCUCAUGCUAGGCGAUGAAGCGGAAGAUGAAAGCGAGGAGUGCGCUUUUGCCUUCUUCUCUCCGGUGGAGAUACCGGGGGAGCCUACAAAUCCCAAGGAGGCUUGGGAGGGCCCCAAUGGGAAGGAGUGGAAGAAGGCCUCAGAUGAAGAGAUGGGGAGCAUCAUCGAGAACGACACGUUUGACUUGGUGAACCUACCCCCGGGGCGUAAGGCGAUCUCUUCCAAGUGGCUCUUCAAGCGCAAGACCGACGCCGACGGCAACAUUGAGCGCUACAAGAGCAGACUUGUAGCCAAGGGGUACCAGCAGCAGGAGAAGAAGGACUACAAUGAAGUAUAUGCUCCUGUGGUAAAGGGUACAACCCUUCGAACCCUCUUCGCCGCGGCGGCCAUCAAAGGAUGGGUGGUGAAGCAAAUGGAUAUCGUAACGGCCUUCCUCAACGGAGUUUUGGAGGAAGAGACCUACAUGGAGCAGCCAGAGGGGUACAAUGAUGGGAGUGGCAGAGUGUGGAAGCUGAAGAAAGCACUCUAUGGCCUCAAGCAAGCCCCUAGGCAAUGGUACAUCAAGCUGCGGGAAGUCUUGGAGGCGAUCGGUUUCACUCCCUCAACGGCCGAUCAAUCAUUGUUCAUGCUUGGCGAGGGGGAGCAGAGGAGCUUCAUGGUGGUUUAUGUGGAUGACAUCCUCAUAUUCUCACCCUCCUCUGACCUUGUGAAGGAGGUGAUGCUGAAGCUUCAAGACAAGUUCAAGUGCAAGACCCUUGGUGACGUCAACUACUACCUUGGGCUUCACAUUGAGCGAGAUGUGGAGAAGCGGUGGAUGCGAGUGCAUCAAAAGAAGUACUUGGAGGCCUUGGCUGCAAACUUUGGAAAGAGUGAAGGUCAUGUGGCUACUCCUCUUCCCUCAGGGUUCAAGUGUGUGAAAGGACCAGCAGAGGAAAGUGUUGGUGAAGAGGAGAGGCGCCGUUUUCAUUCCUUGGUGGGCAGCCUCAUGUAUGCGGCCGUUCACACAAGGCCGGAUGCAGCCUUUGCUACCGGACAGCUAGCUAGGGUUGUCCAAUGCCCUAAUGAAGAGCAGGUAGCAGCUGGAGAGAGGGUGGCCAAGUACCUUGGCCAAACAGCAACUGUUGGACUGCAAUACUCCGCGGCGGCACAAAGGCGUCAAAAGGGUGCGGAUGGAGUCGAACCCGGGAGGCUCUUUCUCACCGCCUUCUCUGAUGCAUCUUGGGCAUCAGAACCAGAGGACAUGACAAGUGUGGGAGGCUUCAUCUGCUGUGUUGGUGGAGGACCAACAGCUUGGGAGAGCAAGAAACAAGUGGACCAAGCAUUGAGCUCGGUGGAGUCCGAGUACAUGGCACUCUUCCGUGCCAUAAGAGAGGUUGUGUGGCAGCGGCGUUUGCUAGCUGAAUUGGGGGAGGAGCAGCAAGGACCUACCCCCCUCUACUGUGAUAGCCAGGGUGCUAUUGCAUUGGCUAAGAACCCCGUUCUUCAUGGCCUUACCAAGCACAUGAAGGUGAAGUGGCAUUGGGUGAGGAGCAUGGUAACCGCGGGUGAAGUGGAGUUGCACUACGUGAAGACGACGGCGCAGCCGGCUGAUAUGAUGACCAAGAGGCUGGUUGAGCAGCAGCAUUGGAAGUGUUGCAAGCUUGCUGGGAUGGCUCUGAACUAAGGGGAGCAGAUUCUAAGGCCAACAAUCCGAGGGGGAGUUUGUUGGUGCAACCCUAUGGCUUGCACUCGGCUUGUCGUCCGUGUUUGUGUGUGUGCAUGCAUGGCAUGGAAUGACUUGUGAGUCUAUGUCAUUGCUAUCUAGUGCUUGUGUGUGUGUUUGAAUGGUGUCUCACAAUGUGGUGUGUGUCGGUCAAGACAUUAGUGAGUUUUUACAACUCGCAUGUCAAGUCGUCGUUUGCGUGUCGCAUGUGUUUUUCUAUUUUGUCAAGUGUGAAGUGUCCAUCGCGUCGCAGGUGUGUGCAGCAAGCCCCCAUCAACUCAAGAAGAAUUUAUCUUGAAGAACCAAGACCAAGAGCUCAAGAUUUCAAGCCCAAGGGACGCGGAUAAAUAUUAAAUAGUGAAAAUAGUAACGCUACUUCGUGUAGUGUUACAUUUCACUUGGUGUAGCCCCUUGGAGGGUUUGUUUUGAGACUCUUCGUGGUUGGGGACUCUGUGGUGGUGUACCACCAACCUGGACCUCGGCUCUUGGGGUAUGUAGAGGCUGGGAACCAUCUCCCUCUCAAAUUCUUCUUCCUAAGUUUUUUGUACUCCUAACACUAUAGUGGCUGCUGUACCUCCUGCCAGUCAAACCGCCAUAGCGUCGUCAAAUCUCGAUGGAAUUUUAUGAUUCAACUUGCUGCUGAUAGGCGACACCAACGCGCUCCAGAUCCAAUUUACAGAUCACCGUUUGAGGCACACAUCAGAUCGGCAUCAAUAUUUGAAGCUGGCUGACGGAAUUCUGACUGUGCACAUUUUCUCUCAUUUUAGGCACAUCUGAG